ACGGCGGACACGAGGGGAGAUUAAAAUUCCGUUCAGUGGCGCCGUGAGCAGAUUGAGAUACCCUUCUUCGCUCUCUGGCUCUCUUCUCUAUUGAAAUCCAGGCUGUUGUCUUUUUUGUGGCUCUCUUCUUAUACCUCUUCUUCUAUCUACUCUGAAGACUCAUUGAGAUUGAGAGAAACAUCUACAGCGACCAAAGGUGGAUUCUUUUCUCCGGUUGUUUAUUAUUUCUUUUCCUGUAUUUCUUGUACUGUUGUACAUCGAAGAAUCAUUGGCGACGGUUUGUUCUCGCCUGCAAAUCUAGGGCACACAACAAGUGUUCUUUAUUUAUCCAUUGUUCAGCUUUGUUCCGCGCUGCCCCCUGGUUUCUUUGGCACGGGCGCUAGGCGUUGACAAGGGAGAUCUCGCUUUAUUGGAGUUCUGGUUUUUUGGUUGCCGAUGCUAUUGGUUGGUCUUUCAUGCCGCCGGAACCCUUGCCCUGGGAUCGAAAGGAUUUCUUCAAGGAAAAGAAGUACGAGAGGUCGGAUGCCCUAGGCUCUGUUUCCAGAUGGAGGGACUCUCAUCACGGAUCACGCGAGUUCGCGCGAUGGGGAUCCGACGAGUUUCGCAGGCCUCCAGGUCAUGGUAAGCAGGGAGCUUAUCAGCUGUUGUCAGAAGAAUCCGGACAUGGAUGUACGCCCUCCAGGUCGAGUGAUAGGAUGGUGGAAGAUGACUUCUGCCGGCAAUCUGUUUCCCGUGCCGAGGGGAAAUACAGCAGGAACAGUAGGGAAAACAAGGGAUCUGUCAAAGGGCAUCUGUGGGACACAGGCGAUGCCUCCGUUAGCUCGUUUGGCAGGCAGCAUGAUAUAAGUGCACAGAGGUCAGUCGAUGAUCUGCUAACAUACGCAUCUCACCCUCAUUCUGACAUUGAAAACUCGUCAUUGGAUCAACUCCACUUAAAAGAUCAUCAUGAUAAGAUGGAUAGUGUGCAUGGCUUGGCCACAGGCCACAGAUAUAAUAAAGACCAUUCGCUUGGCUCGAUGGCUUGGAAACCUCUGAAAUGGACCCGAUCAAGUAGCUUGUCAUCACGAAGCUCCGGCUUCAGUCAUUCAAGUAGCUCAAAGAGCAUCAGAGCCAAUCUGGAUGAUAGUAAGCCCGAGUUACAGCCUAGAAAAACAACUCCAGUUCAGUCUUCUUCUGGGGAUGCUGCUGAAGGUGUAACGACUCUUACACCAUUUGAAGAUACGUAUUCGAAGAAGAAGCAACGACUUGGAUGGGGCCAGGGUUUGGCAAAAUAUGAAAAGGAGAAGGUUGAAGGUCCCGAGGAGACUACUGGCAGGAUUGGGUUGAUCGCAUGUUCCAACAGCCCAAGAACAAGUAGUGGUCCUGUUCCAAGCUUGGCUGACAAAAGCCCUAGAAUCACAGGUCUAUCAGAAUGCACAUCUCCUGCAACUCCCUCUUCUGUUGCCUGCAGUUCAUCACCUGGUAUGGAUGAUAAACAUUAUAACAAGGUAUUGAAUAUUGAGAAUGAUGCAUGUAACUUAGGUGGUUCACCUAGUCAUGCGUGUCAGAAUUGUGUUGAGGGGUUCUCUGUUGUUUUGGAGAAUUUGGAACCGAAUAAGCUGGAUGAUUUAAAUUCUAAGUUUGCUGAUUUGCUACAAGCUGAAGAUGCAAGCUCUGGGGACUCCAGUUUCAUGAAGUCUGCUGCCUUGAAUAAGUUGAUGCUAUUAAAGAGUGAUGUAUUGAAGGCACUAGAGAAGACUGAAUGUGAAAUUGAUUUAUAUGAAAGUGAACUAAAAUCUUUGUGUUCUGAACCUAAAAAAGCUGGUUCUUCUCUGACAAUGUCUAAAUUCUUACAAGGUGCAUUAGAGCCUUGUGAAGAAGCAGAUGUUGCAUCCAAGGAGUUUGUAAGACCUUCUCCCUUGCAACUAGUUUCUUCUGAUGAUAUGCUUGUUGAGGUGCCUCUUCUAUGUGAUGGAAGAUUGGAUGCAGUUAAUGCUGAAACUAAAGAUGAAGAUAUUUAUAGUCCAGGGACUGCUUCCUCUAAAUCUGUUGAACCAGUAUCCUCAAUGAGUCAAAUCUCUGUGUCUGAUAUGGUGAAGCAUGAUGAAUGCUCUAUGCAAUGUGAAGCAAUCAGGCCUUUAGCUGAUGUGCCACACUAUGAUGAUGCUAUGCCACUUUCUGAUGCAGAAAGUGUACUGCAUUCGUCAAUAAUGGCAUUCAACAGAGAAUCUGCAAGAAAAGCAUACGAAGUAUUUAAUAAUCUAUUGCCAUCUGACAGACAUCCGACAUUUUCUGUGGGUUGUAGCAAUUUGUCAUCUGAGCACAACAAUCUCAUCAAAGAGAAACUAGCAAUGAAGAAGCGUCUUCUGAAGUUCAAGGAGCGGGUUCUUACUCUUAAGCUUAGGGCCUUUCAACACCUGUGGAAGGAAGAUUUGCGUUUACUUUCGAUAAGGAAGCACCGAGCGAAGUCUCAGAAACGUUUUGAGGUAAGCUCACGAACAUCACAUAGUGGGAGUCAGAAGCAUCGGUCAUCUAUCCGCUCUCGAUUUACUUCACCCGCAGGUAACUUGACCUUGGUUCCAACCACAGAGAUAGUAGAUUUUGCUGGCAAGCUGCUAUUGGAUUCCCAAAUUAAGAUUUGCAGGAGUAGUCUGAGGAUGCCAGCUUUAGUCGUGGAUGAAAAGGAAAAGAGGCUUUUAAGGUUUGUUACAAGCAAUGGGUUAGUUGAAGAUCCAUGUGCCGUUGAGAAGGAAAGGGCAUUAAUCAAUCCAUGGACAUCUAAAGAGAAGGAGAUUUUCAUGGAAAUGCUAUCAACCUUUGGAAAAGACUUCAAAAGAAUUGCAUCUUUCCUUGACCACAAGACUACAGCAGACUGCAUUGAAUUUUACUACAAGAAUCACAAGUCUGAGAGCUUUGGAAAAAUAAAGAAAAAACUGGAAUUCAGCAAUCAAGGAACAAAUAUUCCUAGCAGCAUGUACCUAGUCACUUCGGGAAAGAAGUGGAAUCGUGAAGUGAAUGCUGCUUCACUUGAUUUGUUGGGGGCAGCUUCAGUGAUUGCGGCCAGUGCUGAUAUCAGUUCGAGGGUUCCUCAGUAUUGUGGUGGGAAGUUGUUUUUGGGUUAUGACCAUGAUAUGCCCCGGCAUGACGAUUGUAUUUUAGAAGGGUCCAGUAGUAUAGAUAUUAUUGGGAAUGAGAAAGAAGCUGCAGCUGCUGAUGUAUUGGCUGGUAUCUGUGGUGCUCUGUCUUCUGAGGCUAUGAGCUCUUGUGUUACAAGUUCUGUUGACCCAGGAGAUGGUAGUCAGGAGUGGAAGUGCCAGAAGGUGAGCUCAACAAAAGGUCGACCUUUGACCCCUGAAGUUUCACACACCAUUGAUGAUGAUGAAACUUGUUCUGAUGAGAGCUGUGAAGAAAUGGAUUCUAUGGAUUGGACAGAUGAGGAAAAGUCGAUCUUCAUCCAGGCACUAAGAUUGUAUGGUAAGGAUUUCUCAAAGAUCUCUCGAUAUGUCAGUACAAGGUCAAAGGAUCAAUGCAGGAUUUUCUUCAGUAAGGCUCGGAAAUGUCUUGGUUUAGAUCUGCUUUAUUCUGGGCCAGGCAAUGAAGAAGUUCCAGUGAGUUGUACCAAUGGAGGAAGGAGUGACACAGAGGAUGCUUGUGUUGUGGAGAUGGAAUCGGCUAUUUGCAGCACUCAGUCAUGUUCUAGAAUGGAAGUUGAUUUGCAGGCAUCUGUAACAAACAUAAACAGUGAAGUAUCUGGGCAUGCAGAACCCACUCAUUUACAAACAGACCAUGAUAGAUCAAGUGAAAAGCAUGUGACAGAACAUUUGGAUCAAGAGGAUUCUGAGAUUAAAGUGGAAAAUGUGGUUCCGGAUGACUGUUGGGCAUUGAAGGAGCCGGUUUCAAUUUUAGGUAGUGGCAACAAUUCUGCUGAUCCUGAUGUCAAGAUUGAUGCAACUCCAGAGGUUGUAAGCAGUGAAGAUGCCGCAAGAGUAGAUGCUGCUUUGAGUGCUGAACCUUCUGUGCUGCUUUCUGGAACUGUUGCUUUCAUUGGUGACAGAGAAACUGGUGGAAAAGUAGAAAUUCACCAGACUGUCAUUUUCAAGGAAGAGUCUCCAUCUGUUGGAGGGCAGAAGGAACUCAAACAGUCUAAAUUAAAUGCUGCAGUUGAACUCCCUGUACAAUGUGGUUCUUCUGAGGAGCCAAAAAUUGAUUCAGAGGAAAGACAACAUUGGUCUGAGAAGGGUUUAAAUGAUCGGCAGGAAGCUUCAAGUGGUGCUGAACCAAUUAGUUCUGCAAGUACCUCAUGUUGCUUAAUACCAGAUUCAAGUGUAAAAGAAAAUUGUCUUCCUGUGACAGCAACAGAUAAAAGAGUUAAAGAGGACUUGAUAUCGCCUGCCACAUACCAGCAUCAAAUUUCACUUGAGCUUCUAACUUCUAUGCAGAAGCCCCAGGCAAUCUCUUGGCAACAGAAAGAAAAUUGUCCUGUUUCUGUGGGUUUGGAUCUUCCUGAUUCAUCUGUCCAUUAUGAGAAGUCAAGGCGGGGUGCAUCAUCUUCUGCCCUUGAUCUUGAGGUGCAUGAUGAUAAGCAACAGCAGAAGUCUGCAACUACAGACAUUUAUCAGCAAUAUAUGUUAAGUCAUAACUCCCUGAACCGUGUUGAUCCUGUGCAGAUUCUUAGAGGCUACCCACUGCAGGUGCUGAAUAAGAAGGAAAUAAAUGGAAAUGCAGAGACAAAAAGCAGUGAAAAGUCUGCCAUUGUCCAGAACUUCUCCAAGAUGGACAGAAACUCUCAUUGCAAUCAGUAUCUUGUGCAGGAUUUGUACAAUGAGAAAUGCACUAGUUCAAGAUUCCCUCAUUCAGUGGCUGAGCUUCCACUUCUGCCCAAGAGCCUUGAACAAUCCUCCAUUGAUCAUACAAGAUCUCAUUCCCUGAAUGGUUCAGAAACAGAAGAGCAGUCACGUAGGACUGGUGAUGUGAAAUUAUUUGGUCAGAUCCUUAGCCAUCCUUCUGUGCCAAAGCCAAAUCCUACUUCUCCAGAGAACAAUGAGAAGGGUACAUCUUGCAAACCAAGCAGCAAUUCAUUGAACUUCAAGUUUGCUCCUAAUCAUGGUAUUGAUGGAAAUGCUGUUACACUCAAGCUUGAUCCUAAUAAUCAUUCAGGUUUGGAGGAUAUUCCAACGAGGAGCUAUGGUUUCUGGGAUGGGAAUAGAAUACAGACGGGGCUAUCAUCGCUCCCUGAUUCAGCUAUUUUAUUAUCAAAAUAUCCAGCAGCGUUUAUUGAUUAUGCUACAUCAUCCUGUAGAAUGGAGAAGCAGCCAUUGCCAGCAGUUGCCAAGAGGAAUGAUCGCAACAUGGGCUGUGUGUCUGUAUUUCCGACCAAGGAUGUCAAUGGUACUGGGGGUUUGACAGAUUAUCAGGUGUACAGAAGCUAUGAUGGGAUGAAGUUGCAGCCAUUUACGGUAGAUGUGCAGCGACAUGACAUACUCACAGAACUGCAAAAACGGAAUGGAUUGGAUGGGUUGUCUAGUUUUCAACAUCAGGGAAGAGGUGCGGUGGGGAUGAAUGUUGUGGGUGGUGGGAUCCUUGUUGGAGGGAGUUGCACUGGUGUUUCAGACCCUGUAGCUGCCAUAAAAAUGCAUUAUGCUACCAGCGAAAGGUAUGGUGGUCAGUCUGGUAGUACGAGGGAUGAUAAAUCGUGGCAUGGGGGAGACAUUGGCAGGUAGUUGAGAGUUAACAGUGGUGAAAAGGGCUGCUCUCAAGUACUGUCCUUCGCGGUGCAAUCUUCUAUUUUUUUAACCUCCUUUGUAUAAUAGUUUUUGUAACUUCAAUUGGUACCAAAAGGGAAAUGGAUGGUUUUCCUCCUCCCGUCAUUCAUUGAAAAUUUUUAGGUGCUUGUAUCAUGCCGCUGUAAUUGUUGUAUUUGAUGCAAAAUACAGAAAUAAUCUGGAAAAUAGAUUACGUGGGGGUAGCUUCACUUGCUCCACGCGUUCCCGCUCGUUCAGUUGAACAACCAUUAUAAUCUUAUGCCUUUUUCACAGAUUUGUUUUGGGAGAUGGAGAAGGAAAACCGGGAAUUUCGAUUUCCCUUGUACAUAUGAAAGAUGCCUUUGAUCUGGAAAUUAUUCUUUCGCUUUCUCA